AUGAGGGAGCUCCGCGUCCAGAAGCUCGUCCUCAACAUCUCCGUUGGCGAGUCUGGUGACAGGCUUACCCGUGCCGCGAAGGUGCUGGAGCAGCUGUCCGGUCAGACCCCGGUUUACAGCAAGGCCCGCUACACCGUCCGUACCUUCGGUAUCCGCCGUAACGAAAAGAUCUCUGUCCACGUCACCGUCCGUGGCCCCAAGGCCGAGGAGAUCCUCGAGCGUGGCCUCAAGGUCAAGGAGUACGAGCUGAGGAAGCGCAACUUCUCCGAGACCGGCAAUUUCGGUUUCGGUAUCUCUGAGCACAUCGAUCUGGGCAUCAAGUACGACCCCGGUAUCGGUAUCUACGGCAUGGACUUCUACGUCUGCAUGACCCGCCCCGGUGAGCGCGUCGCCAAGCGCAGGCGCUGCAAGAGCAGAGUCGGUGCCUCCCACCGCAUCAACCAGGCCGAGACCGUCAAGUGGUACAAGAACAGGUUCGAGGGUAUCGUCCGGUAA